CAAUUUCUACCUAGUUUUUAAACCACUCCAUGCGACCUAGUUUUCAAACCCAUACGCUUUUGGGAGUUUCUGAGACUCAGACAGGUCAGUUUUUUCACUGAGGACUAAAGCAGCAAACAGAUGGUGAACUUAGUGGCACUUCAGCAACCCUUGCUGCAUGGCCUUAUGAAAAUGGCGGGGGUCCGACCCUACGCGGUCGAAAUCGAACCGGGCACGGUCAUGAACUUCUGGGUCCCGAACAAGACCCUCAACAAACCCAAGAAGGGCGAAAAGCCUGCUAUGGUGUCGGGCCCAACAAAGCCCGUGGUGGUUCUCAUCCACGGGUUCGCGGCCGAGGGAAUAGUGACGUGGCAGUUCCAGGUUGGCGCUUUGACAAAAAAAUACUCCGUCUACGUCCCCGACCUCCUCUUCUUCGGCGGCUCUUCUACCGACAACCCUGACCGCUCGCCGACGUUCCAAGCGGAGUGUGUGGCUGCGGGGUUGAAGAAGCUCGGGGUGGAAAAGUGCGUGGUGGUUGGGUUUAGUUACGGCGGGAUGGUGGCGUUUAUGCUGGCCGAUCUGUACCCGGACCUGGUGCGGUCCAUGAUAGUGUCCGGUUCGAUCCUGGGCAUGACUCACUCGUACCGCGACGCUAUCAUGAAGAGGCUCGGGUUCUCAUCGUCGUCGGAGCUUCUGCUGCCGAGCUCGGUGAAGGGGCUCAAGGCUCUGCUGUCUGUUGCUGCUCACAAGAAGCUGUAUUUUCCUGAUCGGCUUCACAAGGACUUCCUUGAGGUGAUGUUCACCCACAGGAAGGAGAGGUCAGAACUCCUUGAAGCUGUAGUCAAUGAUACAAAGCACACAACCAUCCCUAAAUUCCCACAGAGAAUACAUCUGUUAUGGGGUGAAAAUGAUCAGAUAUUCAACCAGGAGCUUGCCCAAAACAUGAAAGAAUUGUUUAUUUAUGUGCAGGCAACUAGGAGCAAAUGCAACGUUUGAAGGCAUAAAGAAGGCAGGCCACUUGGUUCAUUUGGAACGACCUUGUGUCUACAACAGGCGUCUCAAGCGAUUUCUUGCUUCCCUGCAGCAUGAAGAAGACGGAGCCCCAAAAAAGUGACAGUGAUACCUCACUCCUAGUAUGUAUGUAUGUAUGUAUGUACUCUUUUCUGCAUGUAUUAAUUCACUGCCUUUUUGUUGCAAGUAAUGUAGAAGACUAUCGUAUUGUUGAAUCCUUCUAUCUGCUUAAAAUUAGUCAUGCAAUUUGAAUAGAUUUAAGGUGAAAUGUAUAUCCGUUCAAGGGAACUUUCACUUGAGAACUUCGUACGUCAUGUUUUUGUUUGGUGAUUAUUUAGUUUUCAGCCAAACAUGAAAGGAAAAUAUAUGCGAAAAGCUGAAUGAUUCAUUUUAAGUAUUUACCGAUAA